AUGUGGAGUAACUGCAUGUCUGCAGAUGCUGAAGGUGUGGAGACAGAACUUCAGGACUUGCCCCGAGAAGUCUUUGCUGUCGAUCCAACCAGUAUGUGUCAAAUUCCAGAUACAGAAGUUCUCUACAGAUGCAGGAAAUGCAGGCGUGCUCUGUUCCGUAGUUCCAGUAUUUUGCCUCACGUGGAAGGAAGCGGACCUACAGCCUUUGCCCACAAGAGGGUAACUGGCUCGGCUCGGCUCUGCAGUGAUGGUCGUGAGAAGUGUACCUCUUACUUCAUAGAGCCUGUGCAGUGGAUGGAGCCAGCACUGCUCGGUGUGAUGGAAGGACAGCUCCUGUGUCCCAAAUGCACGUCCAAGCUGGGUUCCUUCAGCUGGCGAGGUGACCAGUGUUCCUGUGGCCGCUGGGUGACACCUGCCUUCCAGAUCCACAAAAGUCGAGUGGAUGAAGUGAGGACUCUGCCAGUUGGUAACUUCCAAGCUACCAAAACUUGA